AAGCAAGCCCAAUUUGGGGCCGACAUUGAAUUGGAGAAAGCCUGUUGAAGAGCCCGUUUAAUAACGUAAGAUUCCAAACAGUGCCGGUGACCUAGAAAUCUCCAGGCGAUCUGUCGAUCUUCUCAUUCCGGCUGUCUGGUUGGUGGACGUCCACGAACAGAAAGGGCUCCAUUCACUCAAAAAGGUCUGUUGACUCUUCAUAUAUAAUACCUAUUGUAUUGCUUAAACUUGUCCUUUUUUUUUUUUUUUUUUUUAUUUCCUUUGCAUCAUACACUGAAAAUCUCAUCGCCAUGACCCAUUUACUGAAACCUAAAAGACAUUGUGUGCUCAAAUGGGUUUCUCUAAAUUUAUAUGAAAACAAAUUUAGAUCAUCAAAAACAAGCAUGUGGGCAAUUGGGUCACACCACAUCGCGCAAAACCCUAGGUAUUUCGGAACUAAAAGAGUUGUUGGAGAAGCCCAAGCUGCUUUAUUGGAAUACCUGCACUCCACUAGAAGCUUGCAAUAUAUGGAUGCUGAUAAUAUGAGCAGAAACUCACCACUUUUUCUUGAAAAGUUGUUAAAGAAGGUCGAGAAUGAAGUAGAUGUUGGGUGGUCCAUAACCCGGUUGUUGCGGUACAACCCCAUUAACGAGUUUGAACCCUUUUUCGAGAGCAUUGGUUUAAAACCUUCCGAGUAUUCUACACUUCUGCCUCGUGCGUUGAUUUUUCUGAAUGAUGAUCAAGCUUUGCUAAAGAACUUUCGUGUUUUGUGUGAUUAUGGUAUUGCACGGAAUAAGAUCGGAAAGAUCUACAAGGAAGCAACGGAAGUUUUCAGAUAUGAUGAUGGUGUUUUGCAGUCAAAGCUUCAAGCUUUUGAAGAAAUGGGGUUGAACCAGUCUACUAUAAUCAAGAUUGUUUCUUCAAGUCCUUAUCUUUUGGUCAGGGAUGCAAAUAGGGAGCUUCCUAAGAUAUUAGAAAAAUUGAAGUGUGUUGGGAUCGAAUAUGGUUGUAUUGAAGGGCAUUUAUUAGAGGGGAAUUCUUAUAAUUGGAGCCAUAUGUUUGAGCUUUUAUGCUUAUUGAGCAAUAUGGGUUGCAGUGAAGAGCAAUUAAAAGGUAUAAUCUGUCAGCAUCCAGGACUUCUAUUCCAAAAUUCUGGAAAUAUGUCCUUUUCACUAAUCGGGUUCUUAAUGAAAUUUGGUGCCACAAGGAAUGAGAUAUGUUCUAUCUUUCUGCAGUUCCCACAAGCCCAGGUUGGGGAUUUCGUUUGCAAUUUGAGGCAUUGCUAUCACUUUUUGAUCAACAUUGAGAUGGAAGUUGAAGAGAUUGGGAGGAUUGUUCGUUCACACCCUGUAUUGCUGGGUUCGUGUUAUCUAAAGAAACUCAACACAUUACUUUCUGACUUGAAAUCUGGGAAGAAGCGACUCCGUGAAAUCAUUAAAAAGAACCCACAAGAGCUGAAGAAUUGGGUUUUUGGAUCAAGGGUGAAACCGUUACCAAACUCAGGGGAUGAACUAAGGUCAAGGAUGAUGAGGAUUAAGUUCUUGCUGGACUUGGGAUUUGUUGAAGACUCAAACGAAAUGAGAAAAUCUCUCAAAGUGUUCCGAGGCAAAGGAGGAGAACUUCAGGAGAGAUUUGAUUGUUUUGUGAAUGCUGGCUUGAAUAAGAAGGAUGUUACACAUAUGAUCAAAGUAGCUCCUCAAAUUCUUAACCUAAAAAAGGAGGUGAUUAAAAUGAAGAUUGAUUUUCUUGUAAAUGAUUCGGGUUAUCCCUUAUCAACCUUAAUUACAUUUCCAGCAUAUGUUGGGUACACAAAUCAGAGGGUUAAGCUUAGGUUAUCAAUGUAUAAUUGGCUCAAAGAUAAAGGGACUGUAGAACUCAAUUUGGCUUUGAGCACUGUUAUCUCAUCUACGGAAAAAAUAUUCAUGAGGUACGUAAAACGUCAUCCUAGAGGCCCUGAAGUUUGGCAGAUGCUGAAGACACAGAUUUCUUCUGAUUGAAAAUCAUCACUAACUUUACACUUGUACUUCUACCAACUCUGCCAUUCAAAUUGUCUCAAGGUUGAGACAGGGAUACUUAUUCUGCAACUCUUAUGACUGAUACAUUAUCCAACACGUUCACAAAUAUAUUGCAGAUUGAGGCCAUUUUUUUUAAAAAAAAUGAGGUUAACCGGCACGAAGCAAGAAAGAUCUGAGACAAGUGGGAUUGACACCCCUUAGAUGGAGGAUAGUAGCUCAGAAAGGGAAAAACCACCAAGACCAUCAGCAAAUAGUAAAUCAACGAGAAGAGAUGCCAAGACAUACCCACCGUUAAUUGAUCCCAAGCACAAGCAGAAGAAGCGCUAUGGUACGCAGUUAUCCCCCAUUUUGUGGGCGAUUUUCACCGAGUCCUAUAUCGAAGCAAGUUUCCGCAACUCAGUUGAAGGGGAUCAAACACCACAAGUGAGGGUGAACCCAGAGUGAAUUAAGGGUCUAAAAGGGAAUCUAAACCGGAGAACAGCGAGCAUGAAUCAGAAGAAGAGGAAGAGCCAGAGCCAGAGCCAGAGCCAGAGCCAGAACUUGAGAAGUAUGAAUCGGAUCCGGAGGAAUUGGAAUUUUCUUGUAGCCAGGGAUCAAAUUCAGUUUCAUAUGGUCGAUGUAUUCGUCGCAAGAGGUCCAAGCUGUGGUGAGACGGUAAUGGAACAGGAGUAAGGUUGACCUUAGGCAAAAUUUUCGAGGUGUGGCAGUCAAGUGGAUUUUUUUUUUUUUGGCGCUAGCUGCUAAGUUUUGGUUUGGGUUAAGGGCUAUGUAUCUUAAUGGGCAGCCUAGUGGGGACGUGGGUGUGUAUCCCAUUUCGUGACUUGUAUUUUGGACUUUUGAUAUUAUGUUUAGACUAUGGAAUGUACUACCAUGUAUAUGUUAAGAGUUAUGUUAAAUGUUGGACAAUGAAGUAGCUUAUGAUUAUUAUCAUAUUAUAAGUUACUUGUUAAUUUAUGUUGUUGAUCAGGAUGAGACUAAUUUAUAAGUGUUGGGUGAGCAGUUCACGCUUCUGCAGGGAGCAGGGCGCGACAAGUUUAGGGAGAGGCAAUAUUUUCUGCCAUUUCCCCCCCACCCCCACACACACACACAACCCACCACCCCACAACUACCCCCGCCACCAAUUAACCAAGGGAUAAGGUCAGUUUACUGGUACCACUGGUGGAAACAUGUCAAAAUAUUCUAGAUGAAUUAGCCAGAAGAAUUUUAAGGUUGGAUCUGCAUUAUGCAAUGCAUGCGUUAUCUACGCGGCCUGUUGGAAGAGGAUAUUGUCAACGGAUUUAACCUUUUGUAUCAUUUUAUACAAAAUGGUUGAUCUCAUGCUUGAACCGUCUACCUCACGGUUAUCAGUCCGGCCCUUUACCUUUUUUUCUUUUUUUCAUGGCAAGAAUGUUAGGGGUUGGGGGUAGUUAAUGUUGAUGGUUAGAUGAUUAAUAUUAUUCUGAAUGAGGUUAGAUUAAUCUAUUUGAUACCCCCCAAGUAUUUUUACUAUGCAUGUAAACAUUGGUACUUAGGAAGACCCAGUUUUUCUUCACUUAUUAGUUGGCCGGCUUAAUUUAUCUGUUUUUCACUA